AUGAAUGGAAUUGUUGAUCGUCCGGAGCGUCCUAUCAGAAUCAUUUAUCCAUUUCGUGUCGCUUCACUACUCUACGUUCCCGAACAACUCUGCUACUCUCUGUUUUGGCCUAUUAAGGACCUACACAAGGAAGACACACUCUACGUUGACUGGUUGUCUGUCGUGACUGAGGAGGAAAAAAAGUCCCUUCUCCUCAUUCCCUGGGAGGGAGGCGACUUUUCGGAUAGGUCUUCAGCUCAUACAUUCGUCUUGACCGACGAGUUCUUCACGAGUCACAAAAUAGCAGAAACCCUUCCUGAUCCCAAAGCAACAUUGGUGAGUUCUGCAGCAACGCCCCAAUUGGUCUACACGGACCUUGAGUUGGUUGCAAGGAUGUUGACCAGUUCGAACUACAAGAUCACCACAAAUCGCGAUCAAGCAGGGAUCGUCUGGGUUCGCAAACACAUUCGUGACUAUGCGUGA